UGAGGACCCAUCCACCGCCCAUAAACACGCAGUUUUACAACUCUUACCGAAGCCAGCAAUAGCAUUUGGAUUAGAUCUAUAUUUUCUAAAUCUAACCCUAACACUAAUAAUUCCCACUUUCUUCUAUAUACUUUCUUUUUCCUUUCAUCAUUCUCUCAUACCAACUUCAACUCAACUUCUUUUCCUUUAUGUUGUGAAGGUAGAGGAAGAAUCAAUUCAACUAAUUCUGCUUGGGAUCAAAUUAGCAAGAAUUAAUUAAGAUGGAUCAUCAUACUCAAAGAUAACAAGGAAGGAGAUAUAAGUAUCAACUUGUUCUCUUCAAUUGAUUUUUUGGUUAGUUGUAUUACUUAGAAUUCUUCAAUCCAGUUGCAUCUUCUUGUGUGCUUUCUAUAUUCUAUUGCAAAGGAAUUAAGUAUAUUUGAAGAAAGAAUACUCAUCUCAGCAGCACAUAUCGAUUAUAGAGAUUAAUUAUGGAUCAAAUAACAUCACAUGGACAUUCACUUCCUCCACCUUUCCACACAGCAAGAGAUCUUCAUCUUCACCAUCAACACCAACAGCAGCAACAACAACAACAACACCAUCAAUUCCACACUUUACAGCAGCAGCAACAAACCACAGAUCAAGAUGAACAAAGCGGAAGUAGCAGCGGCGGUGGACUCAACCUCACAAACCGAGAAGAAAACAGCAACAACAAGUUCAGCACAGAUUUUAGCCCCAAGUUAGAAUCCGGAGGAGGUGGUUCCGGUGGCGACACCGAUUCAAUGACAAGAAGACCAAGAGGAAGACCAGCUGGAUCCAAAAACAAACCAAAACCACCGAUUAUCAUCACACGUGACAGCGCAAACGCCUUGAAAACUCACGUGAUGGAAGUUGCAGACGGUUGUGACGUUGUUGAAAGUGUCAACAACUUCGCUAGACGCCGUCAAAGAGGCGUUUGCAUCAUGAGUGGGACAGGGACGGUUACAAACGUGACACUAAGGCAACCGGCUUCUCCUGGAGCUGUUGUUACACUUCAUGGAAGGUUCGAGAUUCUUUCGCUGGCUGGAUCGUUUCUUCCACCACCUGCUCCGCCCGCUGCUUCUGGUUUGACCAUAUAUUUAGCGGGCGGACAAGGGCAGGUUGUUGGUGGAAGUGUUGUUGGUGCUUUGAUUGCUUCUGGACCUGUUGUUAUUAUGUCUGCUUCUUUUAGUAACGCUGCUUAUGAGAGACUUCCUUUGGAAGAUGAUGAUGGUUCUUCUAUUCAACAACUUCAAGGUGGUGGUGGUGGUGGUUCUCCAAGUGGUGGUGGCGGUGGUGUUCAGCAACAACAACAACAGCUUUUAGGAGAUUCAACUGCUCCACUUUUUCAAGCUAUGCAUCCUCCUAAUUCUAAUCCUAAUCUUAAUCCUAAUCUUCUCGGUCAGAUGCCUUCUGAUAAUUUCUGGCCAACCGGGCGUUCUCCGUAUUGAUCAUGAUGACAUUAUUGCAAAGCUAUCAUUGUUGGGAACAAAUGUUGCAAGAAGGAAGGAAUUGGAAGCUAGGGAAUUCGAUGAUGAGGUUCUUUUCUUUCUAUUUAAAUUUGCUUAAUUUUCUUUAGAUUUUGUGUGUCAUUUUGAAUUUUGGUUAUUAGGUUCUAGGUGAGUUGAUGUAUGCUGAAUUUGAGACUGUAAUUAAAUUGAUGUAUCCUUAUUAUUAUUAUCUAUCCUCGGUGAGUUUGUUUAAUUUUAUUCUAUAUUCUGUGAGAGGAUCAAUAAAAUUAGUACUUUGGUGCA